AUGGGGGAGUUCCGUGCAGAGACUGAGCUGAGGCGACCCAUCGCCGAGUUCUUCAACAGCCUGGAGGUCCUCCUGCAGCGGGAGCGGGCCCAGGUGGACAGGUUCUGCAGAGACAACUACAGGUUUUCUGAGGGAUUCCUGGUCCUUCCUGUCCUCACAGCGCAUUUCCUGUAUCAGCCUAAGUCCGAGUGUCAUUUCUCCAACGGGACAGAGCAGGUGCGGUUCCUGGAGAGACACAUCUACAACGGGCAGGAGUUCAUGUGCUUUGACACUGACAUGGGGGAGUUCCGUGCAGAGACUGAGCUGAGGCGACCCAUCGCCGAGUUCUUCAACAGCCUGGAGGUCCUCCUGCAGCGGGAGCGGGCCCAGGUGGACAGGUUCUGCAGAGACAACUACAGGUUUUCUGAGGGAUUCCUGGUGCAGAGGCAAACUGAGCCCACAGUGACCGUGUAUCCUGCAAAGACCCAGCGCCUGCAGCACCAUAACCUCCUGGUCUGCUGCGUGAGCGACUUUUAUCCGGGCCACAUUGAGGUCCACUGGCUGCGCAAUGGCCAGGAAGAGGAGGCCGUGGUGGUGACCAUGGGCCUGAUCCAGAACGGGGACUGGACCUUCCAGACCCUGGUGAUGCUGGAAACAGUUCCCCGGAGCGGGGAACUCUAUACCUGCCAAGUGCGGCACCCCAGCAGCACCAGCCCUGUCACCGUGGAAUGGAGUGAGACGCCCUCUGACCUCACACUUCCCCCUAAGGGGCCUUUGCUUGUCCCUGAGGGUCAGGGUCCCCUCUUCCCACACCCCGUUUUCCUGUGCUCGGUCUUUCCUUCAGCACAGGCCACAGGGGAGCCCUGUGAUCGCUUCUGUGAACACCCAUAGUCCUGGGAGGCCCCCAUGCCUGCCCUGCUCUGA